AAAAGCAGUCCGAGCUACAUUGAUCCUCGUUCCCUUGUUUGGUGUCCACUUUUUCCUGGACAAGUACAGGCCAUCACCUGGAGAAUGUGGCUGGAUGGACGCCUAUAUUUAUUUCAAUUUUGCAAUUGACGGUUUACAGGGCUUCGUUGUCGCUUUACUAUUCUGUUAUUUAAACGGAGAGGUGAUCUCUCUCCUAAAAACAUCUUAUCAGCGGUACAAAUUACGUCACAGCAUUCAUAAUUUUUCUACAUACCCCAUGGUGGCGCGACUGUCGACCUCCACUCUGGACGAACCCGAAAGUUUGAGAACCACGCGUCCUAUGAAGCAUUUCACAAAAGACCGAAGCAAACUGCUCAAGGCUGAAGUUCAAACGUCAGAACUCAUGUGAAAGUAACCGUAACUAAUAUUACUGGUAAACUUGACAGACCUUUAAUGUUCAUAGACUUAACGGUAGAAUUGCAAUUAAAUCUUCAAAGGCAUUCCCCUCCCAACCCCACAAAAAUCACUAAUAAAGGUCUCAUCUUAAAGUAGCGUGUUUUUAUCAAAACAAAGAUACAUCUUCUAUCGACAAACAUUAGCCUACUUUCCUCAGUGUUGAUAUAUUAAUUACUGUUGCUGCUACCAGGUUAUAUUGUACUUCUUUCUUUGCUGUUCGGUAUUGAGAGCAUUGUUGUCUUUUUCC